ACUUUACUGGUGUCGGUAAACCCCUAUAAGAGUUGGAUAUCUUCAACCAGCAACAGAUGGACGUUUACAUGGGGUCAACUUCUUUGAGCUUCCACCACACAUUUACGCUCUGGCAGACAACGCCUACCACGCCAUGCUGGCCGAGUUCAGCAAUCACUUCAUCCUCAUCUCGGGGGAGAGCGGGAGCAGGGAAGACUGAGGCCUCCAAAAAGAUUCUACAGUAUUACGCGGUCAGCUGUCCGAGCACCGCUCUACUAAACACCGUCAGGGGACAAGAUGCUCAUGUCCAACCCUGUCCUAGAGGCUUUUGGUAAUGCCAAAACACUAAAGAAUGACAACUCAAGCCGCUUCGGGAAGUAUAUGGACAUUCAAUUCAAUAGUGAGGGUGAUGCAGUUGGCGGCCACAUCCUGAACUACCUGCUGGAGAAGUCGAGGGUGGUGCAUCAGAAUCACGGCGAGAGAAACUUCCAUAUUUUCUACCAGCUCCUGCAGGGAGGAUCAGAGGACCUUCUGCACCAGCUGGGCCUGGACAGGGAUUGCCAGCGUUACAGCUACCUCACACAGGGAGAUUGCGCCAUCGUGCCUUCCAUCAACGACAACAGCAACUGGAAGUCUGUUAAAAAUGCACUUGAAGUCAUUGACAUUGAUGCAAUCAACACCAAUCACUUAUUUGGGAUUAUUGCAAGUGUUCUUCACCUGGGUAAUGUGAAGUUUGACUCUGACGAUAAAGGCCGGGCCACGCUCAACAACAACAAUGCAGAGCUGCGCUGGGUCUCAAAUCUUCUUGGAGUUGACUCUCACCGUCUCCAAGAAGGUCUGACAUACAGGAAGAUAGAAGCAAAAUCCGAUCAGGUGUUCUCCCCGUUUACUAUCGAUCACGCCAUCUAUGUGAGAGAUGCCCUGGCCAAGGCCAUCUAUGGACACACCUUCACCUGGCUGGUCAACAGGAUCAAUGAGUCCAUUGAGAACACUGAUCCUUCAAGAAAAACUGUCAUUGGCCUUUUGGACAUUUAUGGUUUUGAGGUUUUUAAUGUUAACAGUUUUGAGCAAUUCUGCAUCAACUACUGCAAUGAGAAGCUGCAGCAACUUUUCAUCCAGCUCACACUCAAGGCAGAGCAGGAGGAAUACGAGGCGGAGGAUAUUGAGUGGGAGCCGGUGCAGUUCUUCAACAACAAGAUCAUCUGCGACCUGGUCGAGGAGCGACACAGGGGGAUUAUUUCAAUCCUGGAUGAAGAGUGUCUCAGGCCAGGAGAUGCGACAGACCUCACUUUCCUGGAAAGACUGGAGGAGAAGAUGGGCAAUCAUCCUCAUUUUGUCUCACACAAGCUGGCGGACAAGAAGACGCGCAGGACGCUGGAAAGAGGAGAUUUUCGUCUCUUGCAUUAUGCGGGGGAGGUCACCUACUGUGUUGUGGGUUUUCUGGACAAAAAUAAUGACCUCUUAUACAGAAAUAUCAAAGAUCUGAUAUGUCAAUCUAAAAACGCCAUCGUCAAACAGUGCUUCUCCUCCAUGGACCCGGCAAGCCGGCGUAGACCAGAAACAGUGGCCGCCCAGUUUAAGAGCAGCCUGCUGAAGCUGACAGAGAUCCUCAUGGCUAAAGAUGCCUGGUACAUACGUUGUCUUAAAUCCAACGAGUCAAAGAAGCCAGGACAGUUUGACGAAGCCCUGAUCAGACACCAGGUCAAGUACUUGGGCCUGAUGGAGCACCUGAGAGUGAGACGCGCCGGUUUCGCUUACAGGCGAAAGUAUGAGGUCUUUUUACAGAGGUACAAAGCUCUGUGUCCUGCCACCUGGCCACACUGGAGAGGAGAACCUGCUGAUGGUGUGUUGGUGCUUGCUCAACAUCUGGGCUAUCUUCCAAAUGAGUACAAAAUGGGAAGAACCAAAAUAUUCAUUCGCCAUCCGAGGACACUUUAUGCCACUGAGGAUGCUUUUGAAAAGUGCAAACAUCAACUAGCAACAAGACUCCAGGCUAAAUACAAAGGUUACAGGGCAAAGGGGGAGUUCAGAAAACAGAAGGAGGCUGCCACAAAGAUUGAGACUUGCUGGAGAGGAGUGCAGGCGAGGAAGGAGCGAGACAAGAGAGCCUGGGCUGUCAAAGUCAUCAAACAAUUUAUCAAGGGUUACAUGACCAGAGGACAAGCGAAGGUAACGGAUAACUCGGAGUAUUUGGCCUUCGUGCGGCAGAACUACUUGAACAAGCUGAAAGCCAACCUGCCAAAGACGGUUUUGGAUAAAACCACUUGGCUGGACGCACCGCGAGUGCUGACCGAGACAUCGGAAAUACUACGUAAACUGCACUACAGGCUCAUGGUGCGGAAGUAUGUCAGAGGGAUCACACCCCAGAAAAAAGCACAGUUUGAAAUGAAGUUCAUCGCCAGCUCGAUGUUCAAGGGGAAAAAAGAGAGCUACCCACAAAGUGUUGCCCUGCCUUUUGCAGACACCAGGAUCAGUGAUCAAGACAUAAACCCGAGAAUCCUGCAGAUGAUUGGCAACGAGCACAUCAAGUACGGCGUCCCGGUGGUCAAAUACCACAGGAAUGGUUUCAAACCGCGGCCACGGAAACUCAUCCUCACUAAGUCGGCUGCUUAUAUGAUCGAGGAGGCGAGGAUCAAACAGAGAGUGUCGUUUACCAAUCUUAAAGAGAUUUCAGUCAGUAACCUGACAGACAGCAUUGUUGUGUUGCACGUCACAUGCGAGGACCCCAAACAAAAGAGGGAUCUUGUUCUGCAGUGCAAUCACCUGAUUGAGCUGGUGACCAAACUCAGCAUCAUUGCGAACAAACAGAGCGCGGUCAAGGUGGUCCAGGGCAGCGUCAAGAUAGAAAUCCAGGCUGAGAAGGAGAACACGGUGGACUUCAGCACGGGCCAGGAGCCGAUGGUGUUCAAGGCCAAGAACGGACACCUCAUGGUGGUCGCCACUCGGGCCCGGCCGAGGUAACAUGAGGGGUUGGGGAGACACUCAAGAAGCCCCUGCAUAUUUCAUCACGAGACCCCAAAGCGGAGGAUGUGAGCACACUGCAGCACUUUACAAUCAGUCCAUUUGGUUUCUUUUCUUUAGACUCUACUGAGAGACAACAACAGCUAAAUAAACACCCAUAAAGCCCCUAAUAAUGCUCUUUUUGAAAUGACACUGAUGUCAGAGGGAUAUUCUUAUGGUUGUAGUUUAAGUAGGAAUGUGACUCUGCAACUCACAAUUCAAUUCAGAAUCCAUUCUUGAUUCAAAUUGGUUCCCGCGAUGUUAUUUGGUAUUAAAUGUAUCUUAAAACCUGACAUAUGAUGUAUGCCUUGGGUGUCCAAUUCACGGCCCGCCUGGCAUCUUUCAUCAUUUCAAUAAGCAACCUGGCCGUAAGAGGUGUUAACAUUUUAAAUGUAAAUACCCAUGGGUCUAACAGUUAGCUGUUAGUGACCAUGAAGUUUUCUUCCUUGGCACAAGCAGAGCAUUUACCUAUAUGACCCAAUCCAAACAACCUUUCCUAGUCAUGGUGCAGAAAAAAAUAUUCAACCAGCGCAAAGAGUCAACACACAUGGUCGCACAUAACACAACCUGCUCACUGAACUUUGUGUAUAUUAUUUGAAAAAAAAUCGUCAUACAAAAUGUGAAAUUACACCCAUUUGCAGGAUGGGAAAAAUGCUAAACACUCUCCACACUUAUCCAUGUUUGACUUUUAGCUGCUUGAUAUUACUGAUUAAUUACAAAGCUUUAAAGAGGUUGUCAGGGAAGUAAACAAGGUAGGAGUUGAACUUUCACAUACUCUUAAAAUUCAAUUAUAAUGAUUAAUAAUUAUAUGCCCAAUAUAGUACUAUAAUAUGUAAACAAACACACACACAUAUAUAUGUAUAUAAAUACAUAUAUAUAUAUAUAUAUAUAUAUUAGAACAGUCCAAAAGUUUGGACACCCCUGUUUAUGCAUAUGAUGUAUAUGUGCAGCGAGAUGAUUUGAUGAGACAUUUUUUUAAUCAAUUUUUG